AUGUCAUUGAGUGCAUCACCGAAAGAAGAGCUUAUAUCAAGCGACGCAGGUACUGAAAACAAUGAUGGGGGAAAUAACAUAUCCACCACAAAGAGGAAGAAGAAGACAAAGUCAACCAAUUUGUCUGACGAACAAAAGAAGGCACAUCAUAUAGCAUCAGAACAAAAACGAAGAGAAAAUAUACGUGCAGAAUUUGAUAAACUUGUGUCGCUUACGCCCAACUUGACCGAGCAGGAAAAUCGAUCAGAGUUGAAUAUUUUGACAAAGAGUGCUGAUUAUAUUGAUCAGUUGAAGGAGGAAAACAUUAAAUUGAUUGAGCUCUGUCGUGCAAAAGGGAUCGAGGUCCCUGAGGAGUUGAUUUAUAAAGGUCCACAAAACGAUGGAAGUGAUAUUGCUACAUAG